AUGCUUUUCAUCAACAUUCAGUUCCACUGUAAACAUGUUGCGGUUCCAGGAACUUUCAACAAUGUAAUCAAAACCCCUGGGAGAGGAAGAAAAGAAAAGUCUGAGGUCAGAAGGCUACUGAAGAAGGAGACUCUGGUGCUGGAUCUGAGGAUUGUUCUUUUGGGUCAGACUGGAUCAGGGAAGAGUGUAGCAGGAAACACCAUCCUGGGCAGAGAGGCCUUUGAGGAGUCUGUAACCAAACACUGUGAGAUGAAGAGAGGAGAAGUGGAGGGAAGAAAUAUUUCAGUGAUUGACACUCCUGGACUCAACAACCCAUCACUGACUGAAAAACAGCUGAAAACCGAAAUGGAGAAAGCCAUCAGUCUGUCUGCUCCAGGACCUCAUGUGUUUUUACUGGUGAUCUGGUUAGAAACAUUCACAAAUGAGGAACACGAGAUUGCGAAGCAGAUUAAAGAGCUUUUUGGAGAAGAUGCUUUGAAAUUUACCAUGGUGUUGUUCACUGGAAGAGAAAAAAUGUCAAAGAGCCAAUGGAAAGAUUUUGUCCAGAAUGCAGAAACUCAAGAGCUUGUAUGUGACUGUGGAGAUUUCUGGCAUGUUAUUAACAGCAAAGCAGAAAUCAGUCCCACUCAGAUCACAGAGCUACUUCAGAAGAUAGAGAACAUGGUGGAGAGGAACAAUGGACAGCACCGCACUAAUGAGAGGUGUCAGAGAAGAGAAAAGGAGAGAAUAAGACAGGAGGAGGAGAAGCAGAGAAGAGAAGAGGAAAGAAAAAGAGAGAUGGAGGAGGUAAGAAGGAGAGAGGUGGAGAGAAGGAUGGAGGAAGAACGAAUGAGAGAAGAGGAAAGAAGAAGAGAGCUGGAGAGAAGGAGGGAGGAGGAAAGAAGGAGACAGGAUGAGAGAAGAAGAAAGUUGGAGAGAAAGAGGGAGGAUGAAAGAAGGAGAGAAGAUGAAAGAAGAAGGGACUUUUUCUGA